UGGACUUUACGUUCAGCUGUUCAGUUGAGUAGUUGAUACCGAGACUGCGGUAUGGUUGUGGCUGAGUUGGAGAGUACCAUCCAUAUAAAGUUGUAGUAAGGGUUAGGUUGAGGUAAUGUAUGUGUUUUAUAGACCAAACUCCGGGUUUCCACCGGCAUAGAAGCAGCAUUUUUAUUUAAAAUCUAGAGAACAUUCUGGAAGAGUCACAUGAUUCUGAUGGACCAGUGGUGUGACGCUGUGUAAAAAAAAAAAAAAAAGAAUGUGACGUUCUUGUUAUUUUGUGGCGUGUUACUGAUGUAUGUGGGUUAUCAAUAUUUUACAUGUAUGUGAUAAAUUCAACAGCGACCUCAAAGAACCCGAGGAAGACGAAGGGGAAAACGAAGUGGAAGUUCUCUGAAUAAAGACGUUGUCUAAAUAACAGUGAUCUUUAUAAGGGGAAAGUCGUGUUUGUUGUGGCACGUGAGGCAGAUUGGCCAAUGGCAGCGCGUGCUACGAAGAGGAGAGUAUAAAUACCGGCGGUUGCUAAAAGGAGCUGGCCGCCAUAGAAGAUUAUAUAAAUAAGGGGAAGGAAGCAGUAGAAAAAAAUAAAUAAAGAAGCAAGUUUGGUGUAAAAUUGUAUCUGAAUCUCCUUAGAAAAUACCGACGUGAACCUUCACUGUUCGUCCUCCCAGCAGAACGUCUUUGGCACUGGGCACCUGCCGCAUUUCUGCAGUUAUACAAUCUCUGUGCCAGUGAGAGACGGAAAGGUAAUGCAAGGUGAUGUAUGAGGAUAUUUGAUUUGCUGAGUAAACCGUCAACAUUCAGUGCAUUAAUGAAACAAACACCUUCAAGAUGUCGGAGGCAAAAGGAUUGCAGAGUUCUAACCAUGGAAACCCUCCACCCCCUGAAUAUAAAAACCCUAAGAAGCCUGGACGUCUUACAAAUCAGCUGCAGUACUUGCACAAGGAGGUCAUAAAGGCUUUGUGGAGCCAUCAUUUUGCCUGGCCCUUUCGAUACCCUGUUGAUGCUGUGAAACUAAGACUUCCUGAUUAUCAUGUUAUUAUAAAGACCCCAAUGGACAUAAACACCAUUAAGAAGCGCUUGGAGAAUAACUACUACUGGAAAGCUCUGGAAUGUAUAGAAGACUUUAAUACCAUGUUUACGAACUGCUACGUAUAUAAUAGGCCUGGAGAUGAUAUUGUGUUAAUGGCACAAGCAUUGGAGAAGCUUUUCCUUCAGAAAGUGGCACAGAUGCCCCAGGAAGAAGUUGAAUUACCAUCUACCAUAAACCGAGUAAGCGGAGGCAAAGGAAGGAAACCUUCAGCAGGUAAGCGAAAGCCACCUCCUCCUGUAUCUGAAGUUGUCGUCCAGCAAACUGUGACUUUGAUUCCUCCGCAGACCGUUACUGCAGCCCCGACUACACCUGUGUCAGGAACACAACUUGUAUCAAAAGUCAAAAAGGGUAUCAAAAGGAAAGCCGAUACAACCACUCCAACUACAUCCAUUGUAACGACAAGUAGCGAGUCUUCACCUACUCCUGCGGAACCAAGGCCUUGCAAGAUAAUAUCAAGAAGAGAAAGUGGUCGACCAAUUAAACCUCCAAGAAAAGACUUGCCAGAUUCUCAGCAGCAUCAAAUUGGCAAGAAACCCAAAUUGUCGGAGCAACUGAAGUACUGCAGUGCGAUACUUAAAGAAAUGUACGCAAAGAAGCAUGCAGCAUAUGCUUGGCCCUUCUAUAAACCUGUUGAUGUUGAAGCUUUGGGACUUCAUGAUUAUUAUGACAUUAUAAAACAUCCAAUGGACCUUGGCACUAUGAAAAAAAAGAUGGAGGACCGAGAAUAUAAAGAUGCACAAGAAUUUGCAGCAGAUUUUAGGUUAAUGUUGAUGAAUUGUUAUAAAUACAAUCCCCCAGACCAUGAAGUUUCAGCAAUGGCAAGAAAGCUACAGGAUGUGUUUGAGAUGCGGCUUGCCAAAAUGCCAGUUGAACCAGUUGAAAGUGCAACUCCAGCUCCGCCUUCAACAGAAAUAGACAAAACUCCCACCAGCAGUGAGAGCUCCUCAGACAGUGAGAGCUCCUCAGACAGUGAGAGCAGCACUGAUUCUGAAGAGGAAAGAACUCGGCACCUUGCAAACCUCCAAGAGCAGUUAAAAGCAGUACGUGAGCAACUGCAAAUGUUAUCCCAGGCCCCCCUAUUGAAGCCGAAGAAAAAGAAAGACAAAUCAAAAAAGGAAAAGAGGAAAAAAGACAAAGAUAAAAAAGAAAAGACAGGAAAAAAAUGUGUCGAUGAAAGGAAAAAAACAAAGUCCAAGCAGGUGCAGAGAUCUAGAAAAAACUCUUCAGGAAGUCGUAGUAAAAAAAGCAAGUUGCCCACAGUUCCAUGUGACUCAGAACAUGAAGAGGAACCCAAGCCUAUGUCAUAUGAUGAGAAAAGGCAGCUGAGCCUCGACAUAAACAAGCUUCCUGGUGACAAGCUUGGGAAGGUUGUUCAUGUAAUCCAGUCAAGAGAGCCUUCACUGAAAGAUUCUAAUCCUGAAGAGAUAGAAAUUGACUUUGAAACAUUAAAACCUUCAACACUGAGAGCUCUGGAGACAUAUGUCAUGACCUGUCUAAGGAAAAGGCCAAGAAAACCAAGUGAGAAAAAGGCAUCGAAGCCCAAUAAGGCGCUUCAAAUUGAGAAAAAGCAAGAAUUGGAGAAGUUGCUGGAUGUCAGUGGACAGUUACAUUCAGUGAAGAUACAGAAAACUACAUGUGCAAACACCGAUGCUAAUACAGAUCUUGGCGGACCCUCUCGACUCAGUGAGAGCAGCAGCUCUUCAAGUUCAGGCAGUAGUAGUGAUUCUAGUGCAACUGAUAGCAGUGACUCUGAAUCAGAACAGAGAACAAAACGGAAGCAAAGCUGCACUGACAAUCUUGAUUUCAAAUUGCAAGCAAAGGAAAUAAAGCCGAUGCUACAGCCUUUAUGGGAUAAUGCUCUUGCAGGUCAAACCUUACCUCCGUUUAGCACCAGUUUGCAGCUUUCAAUACAACAUCCCCAAGAGACAGAGAGAUGCAAAUUCCAGGCUUUGAAACAUGUACCACUGGAGCCACCUGAACAAAUAACUAUAUCACUUCCAGCCUUGCAUACUAGCCUGCCACAACAGCCAUCAAGACCUAGCACCAAAGCAGCACCUCUACCUCCUAAACACAGGCCUUCACAGUUACAGCAGCCAGGGUCUGCAAAUGCACCUCAACAAGAGGCAUCCCAACACGUUCCUUUGCACUCUGCCCAUGACCACAUAUUGUUACAAAAGCCCCAAAAUGAACAAGCUAAACUACAGUUUAGUUGCAGUCCGGUACAUUCACUGCCCCAGUUAAAACCCACACAGCAGUCACAACUGCCUCAGCAUAAGCAGAUGCAUAUGCAACAUCCCCAGACCUUUCCACAAACACUGAAACUGCAAGCUGGGCAACAUUCCCUCAACCAACUUAACCACCCUUCUCAGAGCCCACCUACUAGGAUGCAGACGGAAGGUAUUUCUUCACUUCUGUCUCCUUUGAAUUCCCCAGUUGGGUUACAUGCAUCUUCAACAAGCCCCUUUGUAAUGAACAGUGACAAUAUCAAAAUGGAGUGCCCAAUAUUGUCCCCGACUCAUGGCAGUCCACUGUGUAAUAAGGCAGAACCUAAAAGUUAUCCAGUGGAUCAGACAGGAUUACAGUCUGUUGAAAAGGAGAAUUAUGCAGAAGAUGGAUCAGAUAUUACACAGCCAUUAUCAAAUACCAGUCACCCUGAUAUGGAGGAACAGGACAAAAGUAAUACAAGUCUUGGGAAACUUGGGCCUGUCAGUAGAUGUGAUAAACAGAUGCAAGAUCUUACAACUCCAGUCGUGCCUAAAAAGGAGAUUAGGAUCAAGAAUGUUGAUUCUUGGGCAAGUUUAGGAAAGAUGGCCACUUCCGCACCAUCGAUAAUAAAGUCCUCUAGUGAGAGUUUUCAGCAGUUCAGAAAAGCUGCAAUGGAAAAGGAAGAACGAGAAAAGGCUUUAAGGAAACUGCAAAUGGGACAACCUGGGAGGGAAAGAAAAAGCGUUCCUGAAAAGCAAAGAGACCAAGGUGAUGAGCAACCUUUAGAAAGUGUACAGACAGUUCCAGACCAGGCAACUUCUAAGCCAGAUGAAAUCACAAAAGAGGAAAAACAAGAACUACAAUCAGCCUCUCCAUCUUCUAUUGAUAGAGAGAGGGAGAUGGCCAGGAAAAGAGAACAGGAACGCAGGAGGAGAGUAGCUAUGGCAGGCAUCAUUGACAUGACUCUGCAGAGUGAUAUUAUGGCAACAUUUGAAAAUAACCUUUAUUAAAACAAAAGCAGGUGGACUUUAUAGUUCAAUGUAUGUAAUACAAACAGAUGUCUUAAUAUGCACUGUUAAUGCAUUAGCAGAUAGUACAUAUAGCUCUUGCUUUCUACAGCUCUGAACUUUUUGCAGGCACUGGAUGUCUACGUUUAACAUACAUGUGGAAGGAAACUGGUCCUCAUUCUGCAAGAAAUAUUUCUGCAUGACUCCCUUCACUUAUACUUGAUGAUCGUUAUUGUAAUAUAUUGUAAAGUGUAUAUACUGCAACCUUGUAUACACAAGCACUUAAAGGACCACAUUGUAUGUGGAUGUCUUUUGCCUUUUUGUACAGGUGAUAGCUUAUUGAAGUUUUGAAAAUGCUUUUAAAUGAAGUAAGUGUUUCUUUGUUGGCCAUUAUGCAGUAGGUUACAAAUAAAUAGAAGAUUCUAAAUACUGUGUUCAGUCUGAAAAUGAAACUUAGUCAUGUUUUUGGAAUGAGAACUUUUUUCUUUUUUUUUUUUUUUUAAACCAUCAGUUAAAACAGAAGUGUUUUGUUCAAAGCAGUAUUUGCAGUGUUUGGAAAUCUUCCAUACCUGUAUUCUGUACUUCACGUUGAGUGCAAAUGAGAAAUAACAUUGUAAAGAAAUACAUUCCCAUAUGUUUUGCAUAUGUUAAGACUACUGUUGUAAAAGAAAUCUGUGCUCUGCUAAUUUGUACUUGAAAUGGGUGACUGUUAGUGAACCAGAUUGAUUGGUAUAUCUAUGUAAGUGAAGGAAUGUCCUCAACAAUGGUUUUGCUGUUAAUACCAGAUUAUAAUAUAAUUGAGAAUAUACUGCAUUAUAUAUGUAUAUUUAAAAAAAAAACAAAAAAAAAAAACACUAUUGUUUAUAUGUAUAAUCCUUACUUGGAUACAGUCUUUAACUGGUUCAUGUUAAAUCUGUAUUUUGCCAAAAGUUUGUAUGCUUACUUGGAGGUAUAUUUUUUAGAUGCUCUGCAUAGCAACUUGAAUUUCCACAUUUAAAAGCGCAACGUGUCAUAUGAAUACCUGUUUAUUUGUAGGCAAUAUCUGCCUAGAAACUGCAUUUUACAUUUGUGAGUUGGUAACAGUGCAUUUUAGGUUGCUUAAAUCAAAAGGAAAAUAAUUGUAUGCUAAAAAUGUCAUUUAUUAUUUUUAUUUAAUUUAUUGGAUCAUUGUAGUUUUAUUUUGUCCAACUGCAUUGGACUGAUUGUUCCAGUAGAGACUUGAAGAUGUGCAGUUGGUCAUUUUGUUUUGUUUGAAGUUAUCAGAUUGUUUCAUCUGUUAAAUUCAGGGUAAUAACAUGUUCUCAUACAUUUGUGCUAGUAGCACUUAUUCUCCAGUGUCUAAAGUAUGAUAAGCUAGAAAGCAUAACAAGUAUAUAGAGAAAUAAUAUUUAAUUGAUGAUAAAUAGCACUAAGUGGAUAAAUAUCAAUAUAUUCCAUUAAAAUAUUUUCAGUAAAA